AUGGCAACUAAUACUGAAAACUCACUUGAUGGUGAAUCAGUUGUUAUCGACAAUAAUGAAGGAACAAAUAGUGAGAGUAGUCGAACAACUACUCGUAUUAAGAGCACGGUUUUUGUUUCGAAUAAUCAUCCAUUAGAUGUUAUUGAAAAAGGCGUUCACGGUAGUUUUGUUACCGUAAAUCAAUCUAAGCAUUUUGGUUUUAUCAAGCGGACAAUGUUUUUUCGUGAAGCUAUAAAUAAAAAGUAA